UUUUGGGUUCGUGUCGUGUUGUUCGUCCUCGCAGCAGACGAACCACGAGCCUUUACAUAACCGUAAUUUACGUACAUAACUUUAUUUAUUAAAGUUUUUGGCUCAACACACUCGACCAUGUCGGUGAAGGUACCACUCAACUUGGUUUCCCACCCUCGCCGUGUCGCCAGUCUGUAUAAAAACGCCCUUCGCACUCUGGAAAGUUGGAUUUGGAUAAGACAUGUUUAUCGAUAUAACGCAAUUUUGCUGAGGCAACGUUUUGAGAAGAAUAAAGACAUAAAGGAUCUAAGAAUUGCAAAACAACUGGUUAUCGAUGGCGAGAAAGAAUUAUUCCUUAAUCAACAUUACCUUCCGAGGAAAUUUGCUAACUCUCCAGGAGGUGUAGCAUAUGAAAGAGAAGUUGUGUUACCUGAUUGGAUUGUUGAUUACUGGCACCCAUCUGAGAAAGCCAGGUACCCUCACUACUUUGCUCGCAGAGAACAGCGUAAGAAAGAAUACAUCGAAUGGUACAACAAGCAAUAUCCAGAUGUGAAAGAAAAUUCAUCUUCAGGCCACUAAAAAUUUCACGACAAUUACUUGUCAGCAUGAAUCAUAGAUUGAAGAUAGUUGAUUGUAAAAUAUGAAAAUAUCAUGUAUCGAAUAUGGUUUAAUGAAUACAAUUCUUAUUACUCA